AAAUAUGUAAACAAUUAAGCCGUCAUUAAUUCAAAAAACUAAAUCUAUGAAGAAUAAUAAUGUCUGAGCAAUGCCAACAGCAGCAACAAAUAACCAUGCAAAAGCUUCAAGCUUUAACAGCGAUUUUAUAACAUUUACUGAGCAUUUGUAACAGCUCUCGCUUAUUAACAUGGACUCUCAGAAUUUUAUUUCUAACAAGCAUACACACAAGUAAAUAUAUUUCAAACACACAUAGCGACUGACGGUAUUUCGAAGCUCCACUCGCCACACUCAGCCACCCAAGCGGGGAGGGGGCAACCCAACUUUGUUUGGUUUUUGUUGUGAGUAUCAUGGCAUAGGCAAUCAUAUGCGCUUCGUGAGCAUAGGCAGCAUGUAGAACACUUUAAAAAUGUUACUCAAAAGGAUGUUCGGCUCAGUCAAGUUUGAGACGUUGUCGUGUUGAGACCAAAAGCGGAUAAAUACGCUGCAAUAAACGCCAGCCGUGAACGCGUUGGUUAAAGUAGUUAACAUAAGUACAUAUGUAUAACGGUGUGUUUGUAAAGGAGCUAUAGUGUAUGUAAGAAUCUAUAUGCACCAUAUAUAAGAGAAAGCAACAAACAUUUAAUAGUGAGAGAUUUAAAUGUACUGCACAGCUUACAGUAUAUAGUAUAACGAAUGCGGUUUAAAAAAUUUAGAAAACUACUAAUAAUUGUGCUGAAUUGAAAAUUGCAAAAAAAUAAAAUAAUUAAAAAUAAUAUUAAAUUUUGUCAAUUAAAAAAAUAUUUGUGCAUGUUUUUAGUGUCAGCCAUUAAUGAUACUCCUCAAGGAUUCCAAAUAAAAUAACUGCGCGCUAGAAAGUAUGCUACGUUAUUUUGAAAACAUGAAAAUUUAUUACCAAAUGUGGAUUCGUGUUUAAAAAUACUGGAGUGCGAAAUUGUUUCUUGUAGAUUUGAGUGUAAGGCAUGCAGAACAGCCCCUAAUUGAAAAUAUUUACUAUUUGUCAGUGCAAUUGUGUCGAGUUUGAAAGAAGUGAAAAAAGGCAAAAACCCAUAAAAAAGUUUUAAAACAAAAACAACAAUACUGUACUAUUUCCUCGAGUGUUUGUAGCAAAUAAAGGCUGCUGCUAAAAUUUUGUGCGAAAAAUAUAUAUAGGACUUUUAUUUGAUUGUCGAGUGCCGAGUGCAAGUUGAACAACAGCUGUACAAGUGAAACACACAAACUGGCAACAACGGUGGCAAUUGCUGGGUGCUUGUGCCGCAACAAAAACGAGUUACAAAGUUUGUUGGCAGUGGACUACGCCGCGGGCAGUGAGGCAGUGUGUGUGCGCGCGUGUGAGAAAUGGCAAGGGCGAGUGAGCGCGCAGUGGCAGCAGCAAUAAAUAAGUAAACAAAAGAAAACGCAAAACAAAAACAAACACUAGCGCGCGCGUAAUUUCUUCAACAAAACUGGGACAAAGGCGGAUUAACCGAGCAAACUGCAGCAAGGAAGACAAACGCGUCAGCACUAAGCGCAGCUUUCUCGAAAUAAGCUUAGUGGCUUGCCUUUGUAUGCGGCUGAAACAACAUUGCAACAGCAUUUGGCAACAUUGUACCGUUGUGCUGCAUGUCAACCGAGCUUAGCGAAUUACGUGAGUCAGACCAGCAGGCGAUUGCCGCAGCGCGCUGAGCGCUUACAGAUUUAAGGCGCACACAUUUUUAACUUUGCCACUAGCUGUUUGGUUGGCCCUCAGCACAUUUGACAGUUGCAACAGUUGCAGCAACAGCGCGAACGGCAGUAACGUGCGUGACCUGAGCCAAGCAAAGCAAACACUGCCAACCCUAAACACGCGCGCAAAUUGAAAAAUCAAAGCGUGCAUUAGAAAAGUAACAGUAAAUAACGGCAGGUGUGAAAAGGCAAGCAAAAGAGAGAAGUGUUGGAAGGUGGUAGCGGCAAAGGCUCAAAGCUGAAAGUCAAGAGUUCAAACGCGCAAAAGCCAGAGGGAAAGCACAAUCAGCGCGUCCGCUAAAGCAACAAGCAUUUUCCAAUUGCAACCGUACCAGCUGCUGCAGCGGGAGCGAGGGAGUUCUGAAGGGCAACCUAGUGGCGCGUACACGCGCUUCACAACCCCGCAUAAAUCGCUCGACACACGCUCAAUCGCUGCGAUUUGUGACGCACUCAAGUGGGAAUUGCAGCGCGGCGGCGGUGAGUGAGUACUAAGCGCGGUGCAGCCGGAGCGCAUAUACAACGAGGCAAUCGUGUGUGAGCGCUUGACCUGUUAGGGCUGAACUACUGUGUUGUGUAGUGACGUCAUUCAAUUUGCUGGCAAAAGUUGUGCAAACACCGCAGGGUUAAGCGUCGGCCUAGUUUCGCGCCAUCGUCGGUCGUACAGUUGAGCGCCGGGUCGUAAUACAAACGUGCGGCGUCGUUUCGGUUCGUCAUUCGUACGAGAUACGAGCGUGUAUGUGUGUGCGCGUGCGGUAGCCAGAAAUUGUUGUACAUACAUACACACACACACAUAUAUUAGUUUCUAUGCCCGUGCGAUUGUUAGUGUGUGCGUGCGCGCCUCUUUAAACCAACACAAACACUAAACCCGGUCAGGCGUUUUGAGCCGAGCCAAUUGAGCCAGCCAGGCAGUCAGUCGUCAAUCAGCUGUGUGCACAUCGAGUAUAUCGCGCGCGCAUAGCCAGCGCCAGUCGAGCAGUGUUAAUAAGGUGUACGUGCACGUGCACGCCGCAUUCAACCGUUACAUUUUGCGCACGUCGUUCGUUACAUUAGCCGCUUCCGUACUCACCACCAUCAUCACCUGUAGUUAGCAUGGCUCACACAACGUCCUUGCUGUCGGGCGCGUCGUCAGCCGCGGCGUCGCCUCUGUCGUCGCGUCAAUACAGUGUCGCAUCGUCGCCUAGGCUGAGCGGCGACAUCGGUCGUGGUCUAUUCGCCAUUGUUGUGCUGCUGUUGCGUAUGUCCUCCGUGUAUGGCGUCAUCGAUCGCUUGGUGGUGCAGACAUCGAGCGGUCCGGUGCGCGGUCGCUCCGUCACCGUGCAGGGUCGAGAAGUGCACGUCUACACAGGCAUACCGUAUGCCAAGCCACCAUUAGAUGAUUUACGAUUUCGCAAACCGGUGCCAGCGGAACCCUGGCACGGUGUGUUGGAUGCAACGCGACUGCCGGCAACCUGUGUGCAAGAAAGAUAUGAAUAUUUUCCCGGUUUCUCCGGCGAAGAGAUAUGGAAUCCUAACACAAAUGUCUCCGAAGAUUGCCUCUACAUAAAUGUUUGGGCGCCAGCGAAAGCGCGUUUGCGGCACGGACGUGGUGCCAAUGGUGGUGAGCACUCCAAUAAAGCCGACACUGAUCAUUUGAUACACAACGGAAAUCCGCAGAACACCACAAAUGGCUUACCCGUGCUCAUUUGGAUUUACGGUGGUGGCUUCAUGACCGGCACUGCCACACUCGAUAUAUACAAUGCGGACAUUAUGUCGGCUGUGGGUAAUGUCAUUGUGGCAUCGUUUCAAUAUCGUGUGGGCGCUUUUGGUUUCCUGCACCUGUCACCCGCUAUGCCCGGCUACGAGGAGGAGGCACCCGGCAAUGUGGGGUUGUGGGAUCAGGCAUUGGCUAUACGUUGGCUGAAAACGAAUGCUCAUGCUUUCGGUGGUAAUCCCGAGUGGAUGACACUUUUCGGUGAAUCGGCUGGUUCGAGUUCGGUGAAUGCGCAGCUUGUGUCGCCAGUGACGGCGGGUUUGGUCAAGCGUGGCAUGAUGCAAUCGGGCACAAUGAAUGCGCCCUGGAGUCAUAUGACGUCGGAAAAGGCCGUAGAGAUUGGCAAGGCGUUAAUCAACGACUGCAAUUGCAAUGCGUCGCUGUUGUCGGAAAAUCCACAGGCUGUGAUGGCCUGCAUGCGCGCCGUCGAUGCCAAAACGAUUUCGGUGCAGCAGUGGAACUCCUACUCGGGCAUUUUAAGUUUUCCAUCUGCGCCGACCAUUGAUGGCGCAUUUUUGCCAGAUCACCCCAUGAAAAUGAUGGAGACAGCCGAUCUACGUGGCUAUGACAUACUGAUGGGAAAUGUCCGGGACGAAGGCACCUACUUUCUGCUUUACGAUUUUAUCGAUUAUUUCGAUAAGGAUGAGGCGACUUCAUUGCCGCGUGAUAAAUAUUUGGAAAUUAUGAAUAACAUUUUUGGGAAAGUAACACAAGCGGAACGCGAAGCAAUCAUUUUUCGGCACACCAGCUGGGUUGGUAACCCCGGUUUGGAGAAUCAGCAGCAAAUCGGACGCGCAGUUGGCGAUCACUUCUUCACCUGCCCUACUAAUGAGUAUGCCCAAGCGUUGGCCGAACGGGGAGCUUCCGUGCACUACUACUACUUUACACACCGCACUAGCACCUCCUUGUGGGGUGAGUGGAUGGGCGUACUGCACGGCGAUGAGAUCGAGUACUUCUUCGGUCAGCCAUUGAAUACAUCGCUACAGUAUCGGCAAGUCGAACGAGAGCUGGGCAAGCGGAUGCUGAAUGCCGUUAUUGAAUUUGCUAAAACUGGCAAUCCCGCCACAGAUGGCGAAGAAUGGCCAAAUUUUACAAAGAAAGAUCCCGUGUAUUAUGUCUUUUCAACCGAUGAUAAAGAGGAGAAGCUGCAACGUGGCCCACUGGAAGGACGUUGCGCAUUCUGGAAUGAAUAUUUGCGCGAAGUCCGAAAAUGGGGAUUGGCCAUAAUGAAGGCGGUUCAUGUGCUGGAAUUUCUGUUUAUUUACCUGAAAACUUGGCUAAUCAGCGGCUAAGUAUCAGCAACGUGAGUGAAAUGCAAAUGCCAAGCUGAGCGGAGCAGACGUACCUGAGCGUGUUUGUCGAGAGGCUGGCGGACCGGUGAGCAAGCGAGCGGUGGUGAACACUUGCUGUUGAGUCGAGUGUUUGCAAUUAUGUCCCCGAGUACAGCAACUUGUCAAAGUAAAUACUGUCGCCUAGGGACUGGCCAAGAAUAAUACGCAAACAAAUGCCUGAUAACUGUGUAAGAAAAAGAAUAUCAAAUUGAAAAUAAGAUAGAGUAAACAGCUUAUAUGCGCAAUCACGAAUUUAAUUCAACCACAAACGAGACAAAAGAGACUUCAGUCAAGUGUAGGCAGUGCAAAUAUUUACGAGGGUAUGCAAAGUAUGAGCAUUCACUGGAUUUAUAAACAAAUCGUAUACAAAUAAACAAAAAGCAGGUAUACAUAUAGGUAAAUAAAUAAAUAAAACUUAAACCCUCAAGUAUUGAUUAAUAUCAAAGCCAAAGCAUUUUCGCAAACUUCCAAGCACCGACCAUGACUUUAAGUCAGAGCCACAAAUUCAAUUACGCACCCAAUAAUUAUAAAAAUUCAGCUUAAUGUGAGAUCGAUAAACAAAUCGAUAGUAAAAUAAAAAUAUUUAUUAUUAAAGCAAAUGCAAAUAAACCGUAAAAGUUUAAAGGCACUGGUUGAGAAUUAUAAAGCAAUACGUUUGGCCACAAAGCAAAGCGACAGACAGUGCUGUUAAACGGACUCAGACUCUUUAAUAUUAUUGUACUUGAAUCUGCACGUUGCUUUUCUGGAUUUCGAUUAACAGCGCUAAGUCUUUGGAGAAUUCAUAAAUACAGAAAGUAGAACUUACAACGCAUAAGCUUCUGCGUCACUAGACUUUGUACAGACGUCAUCAAUUGCAAAGCUCUUAAGCGACAUUGCAAUAACUUAAGUCACCACUGAUGUUGCAUAUUUUAAUUUAAAAGCUAAAUGCGACAACGCACUUGUUUGUGUAAAAAUAUAUAGAGUACGUAUGUACUUAUGUAUAUUGUUAGUGCAAGAAUCAGUGAUAUUGAAAUGUAACGAGAAAACAUGCGACAAGUUACUCACGGCAACGUUUAGUGCACAGUGGUUUCGGUUGGCUUUAUUUUGAACAUAAUUAUAUUUAUUUUGGUGGAGUAAAAUUAGUUUUAUUUCAGUAAUAUUUUUUUUAUUUAAAAUAUUGGUACAAACAUUUAGUAUGAAAAAAAAGAAUGCCUGGUGUCUUUGUCUGCAAAAUACGAGUUCACGAAAGAGAUUGCCUCCUCAUUUGACGAAAAUCUCUGGCCGCCGAGCGCAGUUUUAAGUUGAGGAAACAAAAAAAAGUCGCUUGGUGCUAGGUCUGGUGAAUAAGGUGGAAGGUCAAGCAGUUCGAACCGCAAUUCGUGGAUUUUCGCCAUGGCGACUGUUGAGGUGUGAGAUGGUGCGUUGUCUUGGUGGAACAAGACUUUCUUUUUUUGCAAAUGUGGCCGAUUUUUCGAAAUUUCUUCCUUUAGCUUGUCCAAUAAUGAUGCGUACUAUGCUCCUGUUAUAGUUUUUCCUUUUUCAAGAUAGUCGAUAAAAAUAAUUCCAUGGCUGUCCCAGAAAACACUCGCCAUCACUUUCCCAGCCGAAUACACAGCUUUAGGUUUUUUUGGGGCUGGUUCCCCCUUUUCAAUCUGUUUAGAUUGGAUUUUUGUUUCGGGCGUAUAAUGAUGAAUCCAAGUUUCGUCUACAGUUAUCAAUCGGCGCCAAAACUCGGUCUUAUUGCCUCUAAACUGAGCCAACAGAGCGCCGGAAAUGUUCAUGCGCGCACGUUUGUGGUCUAGCGUAAGCAAACGCGACACCCAACGCGCCGACAGCUUUCUCAUGCCCAAAUCUUGGUUUAAUAUGUAACAAACAGUUUCUUUUGACAUCUUCAUAAUCUCAGCUAUUUCCCUAACUUUAAUCCGGCGGUUGUCUAGUAUCAAUUGAUGAACUUUAGCGAUGUUAUCGUUAGUGGUUACAGUUUUUGGACGCCCAGGACGUUCAUCAUCUUCCAAGCUCCUGCGACCACGUUUAAAUUCAGCUGCCCAAAAUUUUGCGGUGGUAAACGAUGGUGCAGAGUCACCGUACACAGAGUCCAACUCAUCUUUGAUUUGUGAAGGCGUAUUGCCUUUCAAAAAUAAAAAUUUAAUUACAGCUAGAUAUUCAAUUUUUUCCAUUUUGGGGAAAUCACCGAAAUAGACUCACAAAAACGACUGUCAACAGAUAAAUGCGCAAGAUAAAUUUCUGAAAUUUUGGCGAGAAGCUAUUAUAAUAUGCACAAUUUGAAGUAGAAACUUUUUUUUCAGAUGUGCCGCUAGCUUCACGUUGAGGUCGGUUAUUUAUCGGACAGCCCUCGUACACGUUCAGUGUAUAUACUUAGACUGCCCGCUAUCUCAAACAACUUCAUUUUACGUUCAUCCGUUAUUAUUGUAUUUAGCAAAUCUUAAAAUUGUGUUAUAAAUCCACUACUUUGAACCACUGUACAAGCUUUGAUGCAUGUCUGAGCGACACGACGUGUCACUGUCUAGUUGUCUGGCUUUGUGAAAAACGUGCCAUUUUGGGAAUUUCGCGAAAACACAGACAAAUGAAUUUAUGUAUUUGCUCAAUCAAACAAAGAGUGUUUAAACAAUAUUGUUAAUAAUAAGAAAGUAUGGCGAGACGUUUUAACAAAAUAUUUUUAUAACCGUAAAAAGUGCUUCUAUGUUAGCGAAAGUAAACUAUUAUAAUGCUUAAGAGAGUAUAGUCUAGAAGCAAUGAGGCGACAGACUUGAUUAGCAGUAGAAACGGCAAGGCUGUGUAUGCAAAUGUGAUUGAAUGCUGGCGGAAAUGAUGUAAUAAGCUAUUACGAAUAAUUUGUGAUGAGCAUGAUGAUUUGAAAUGUGAGAAAAUAUUUAUUGAACUAAAAUAAAAUGAUAUCAACAGCUGCAAGCUAAUUUAGAGGACUCAAACCAAGCAAGUUUGAGAGUGAGUUGGCUUCCUUAGAUUUAUUUAGAUACUAAAAAUAUAAUAUAUUAAAUAUACACAUACAUAAACGUUAAUAAAGAACAUAUUUACCCUGCAGUGUAUUAUGAAACAUAAAACUAGUUACCAACUGCUUUAGAACUAGUAUGAGUACUUACUGACAGGAGUUAUAACUAGUUUUUGCAUGGUUUGCUCUGUAAAAGGUCUUCUAAAAUUGAUAUUUUUUCAAUAAGCACACGAAAAAAAUUCAGAUACAAACUAUGGUAAUAGAAAAUAAUAUAAAUUUUAACUAAUCAGUUACCAAACAGGUAAAUAAUCAGUAACUUAACUGGUUUUAAACUAGUUUGUUCCUGGUAUAUAACCGAAUGAAAUCUGAUAAUUUUGAUAAUUUUCUUCUUAUAACACUUGAUGCCCACAAUAAACAAUAUCUUGUGUUUCAAACUAGUUCUAAAGUAAUUUGUAACUAGUUGGUUUCACUGCAAAGCACAUACAGCACUAUAAAUUUAAGCAGGAUAAUCCAUAUCACAUAUCAUUACUGUUGUUAAUAAAAAACUUAAAGCUGAAAGUAAGCAAACUUUAAAUAAGUGAAAAGCAAUUUUUUAAUAAAAAUAUGAAAAAAGCUAAUUAUACUAAAUUGUUAACAGCUAAUUGUACCUACGUCUUCUUCGUCAACAUAUUCUCAGUCAUAUAAUGAAAUAAAAUAUUAAAAAUUAUUUAAAAAUUAUUCAAAUACUAAUGAUAUUAAUGUACUAUAGCCAAAUGAGCAGUUUUAAAAUAUCCAAAGCUCCAUUUUAAAUAUACUAUAUAUAUAGAUAUAUAUGUACAUGUACCUAAAAGUUUAUGUGAUAAAUACAGGUGUGAAAACUUUAACCACAAUUUAGUGAGGACUAACUGCAUAUGCAUGCAUCAGUGUUUACACAAAUAGAUAAUCUUCCACAAUAAAGACUUAAAAUAAUCAAGCGCAAAUUGA